AUGACUAAAAGUCAAGUCAAACCUUCAAAUAUACUUCUCACCCUGAAAGAAAAAGAUGAGUGUAAUGUUACAACCCUUAAGCAAGUGUAUAAUGCAAGAUAUAGGUACAAACGUUCAAUAAGAGGUUCUAGAACUGAGUUACAACAGUUAAUGUUGAUGUUGGAACGUGAUCACUACAUCCAUUUUAGUAGAUGUCUUGAUGAAUCUGAUGUGGUAAGUGAUUUGUUCUGGACCCAUCCUGAUGCUGUGAAGUUGUUAAAUUCAUUCAACAUUGUGUUCUUAAUGGAUAGUACCUAUAAAACCAACAAAUAUCGGUUGCCAUUACUUGAGAUUGUUGGUGUGACCUCAACAGGAUUAACUUUCUCGGCCGCUUUUGCAUUUUUAUCUAGUGAAAAGCAAAAUAAUUUCAUUUGGGCUCUUGAAAGGCUAAGAGGUCUAUUUAUGACGUCCGAGGGUGGUCCACAAGUCAUUGUAACUGAUAGGGAUCUUGCUCUAAUGAAUGUUGUUGGCAUGGUGUUCCCUCAGUGUUAUCAUCUUCUAUGCCGUUUCCACAUUCAAAAAAAUGUGCAGGCAAAGUGCAAAAUGUUAGUAAAUUCUGUUGACGCAUGGGAUGUUGUACUUCAAGCCUGGGAGAAUGUCAUGGACUGUGAAGAUGAAUUAAAGUUUAAGGAGUGUGUUCAUCGUCUUCAGGUUGUUUGCCAGCCGUGGCCUGUAUUCUUUGAAUAUGUUAACGACUCGUGGAUCAUUCCUUAUAAGAAAUUCUUUGUGAAGGCAUGGACGAACAAAGUUAUGCAUUUGGGGAAUACAACAUCAAACAGGGUUGAGUCUGCUCACUGGAGUCUGAAGAAAGUUCUUGGAAGUAGUAUGGGAGACCUUUGUUCGUGUUGGGAUGGAAUUCACAACGUUAUUAUCUUGCAACACAAUGAAAUUAAGGCGUCUUUUGAAAGAAGUAUAAAUCUGAUCAGUGACUCUUACAAGGCAUUGAGUUAUAGAAGAUUAGUGGGGAAUAUUUCUAGAUGUGCCUUAGAACUCCUUGCUCCAGAAUUGGAAAGAGUAAAGAAGAUUGGAUUCGAUAGUAGUCGUUGUGGCUGCAUUCUCAGACAAACUUAUGGUCUACCAUGUGCGUGUGAAUUAGCACGAUAUGAUCCUGGGAUUAUUCCUCUCCAAGAAAUUCAUGUCAUGUGGACUAGGUUGAGCUUCUCCAAUGUCUCGUCUUCACAAACUGAAGGGCAAUUAUCUAUUCAGAGGGAGGUUGAUCUACUGCUUAAUCUUUUCAAAGAAGUUGAUAUUGCAGGAAAAGUGACCAUAAAACAUAAAUUACUUGACAUAGUUAGCCCUUCCAUGACAUCGAUGUUACCACCACCGACUAAAGUUAAGACGAAAGGUGCAGCUAAGAGUCAUAGAUCAAAGAAGUCAACCAAACGUGAUCCCUCCUAUUUUGAGCAUGUGGACGCCUCCAUAGAGUCCUCAAGACAAGACACAUUUGUUGCAAAAACAGAAAACAAGGCGAAGAGCAAACGUGUUAUUGAAGAGAAAGUAAUACCCAUGCUAGAACAGUUCAAUCCUGUUUUUCAUCCAUAUAUACUGGAUGUUGUCGAUGUUGUGGCGGACGGUCAUUGUGGAUAUAGAUGCAUUGCUGCAUUGUUGGGUAUGGGUGAGGAGUCGUGGCCUCUAAUCAGACAUGAUCUAUACAAAGAACUUAGCCAAUGGCGAGAUGAAUAUGCAACGUUAGUUGGAGGCUAUGAUCGUCUGGAAGAACUGAGAAAGUCUUUGCUAGUUCAAUCACCAUCAGGGGCUAAUCGAGACAAGUGGAUGACUAUACCAGACAUGGGGUAUGCGAUUGCUAAUCGGUAUAAUGUAAUCCUCGUGUGCUUGUCAUCAGUUCAGAAUUUGACUAUAUUCCCACUUCGUACAUCCCCACCUACUUCGCAAAGUCAACAUCGACUAAUUUGUAUCGGACAUGUUUACAAUUCUCAUUUUGUUCAGGUUCGUCUACAAGAAGGCUGUCCAUUACCGACAGUGGAUAUCAUAUCAUCUAGCAAUUGUUACCCAAAGGCAAAAGGGUGGGCAUCAUUUUAUAGAGAUAGGAUGCAAGCAUUCCUAGAUUUACACAUAGUGGAUCGUAGUUAUGUAGAUCUCAUGGAAGACUAAUAUUUG